GUACAAGAGCUGAAGGAGAUGACGGAUCGCAUAUCAUAUUUGGAAACCGAAGGUCGCGAACUCACACGGCAACUGAGCACGCUUGAGGCGCGCAUUAAGGCCUACCAGGAUAGCCAAAAGGACCUUGCGAAGCUUGAGGAGGAGAAGCACACGCUGAGUCGGGAGUGCGCCUCAUUGCAGGAGUUGAUUAAAAAGUUGACACUGCAGGUCAGCGCGCAGGACUCACAGAAGCUGUCGGAGCUGGCACACGACUUGGUGACGCUGAAGGAAAAGGAAGAGGAAAUCAAGUCUUUGAAGCGUGCACUGAGCAAGAAGGAGAAGCUUCUUGAGUCAUUGAAUGCAACACUUACUUCGCAGCCCUUUCCGGCAACUUUGGAAUCGCUGCGUGGAGCAGAGGUUGCCAGUAGACAAGCUACUCCCCGCGGUUCCUUUGGCCACAUGUUCAGUUCCGCAUCCAGCCCCCGGAGGACUUCCGUGAAGCAUCUGCUCGCUACCCCCCAGUUUCCCUCUUCAGAACCUGGCCUUUCUCUGGCAACGGAAUUGCAACUCACUAAACUACCCAGUGUGACGCGAAGGCUGGUGGAGGUGCAAGAGAAACUGGGGACCACAUUGGCAGAGCUCGAGACUUUGCGGAAGUCCAAUGAAUCGCUUAGGACUGAGCUAGAAAACAUCCGUAUGGAACUGGAAGACAAAGAAGCAGCGGCACAGCAACAGCUACAGGAGCGCGCGCGCGAGCUCGCUGCUGCCCGGGAGCAGCUAGAACAGAAGACGACGGCCCUGCAGCGAACAACGGAGGCCUUGGCAGCAACUAAAGGCGACCUUAACGCUUCAACUGCGGCCCUCUAUUUAACAGCGGCAGACAACGAGUACCUGCAGGCAAACAAUGAACGGCUUCAUACCGAAGUGGCGGAGGCCAGACAGAUGCUGCGAGAAGCCCAGGAACGGCACGCAGAUGCGUUGGCUGCGAUGGCUUCACCAGAUGUUGUAAAUGAUCUGGGAGAGAGAGUUGCACAGCUUGUUCGAGAGCUGCAAGACAGGGCUUCGCUGUUGGACCAGGCAGAGAAGCGGCGAGCAGAGUUGGAGGCACAACUGGCGCAGAUGCAGAGCAGCGUGGAAGCGAAUAUGCAGCAGAUUGAGGAUUUGUCUUCGCACGUGAAAAGGCUGGAGGGAAAGCUAGCUGCAACAAAUAACGUGGCAAGCGCCCUGGGAGCCGCGAGCAACAAACUUGCCGAGUUGGUGAGGAGCGGAUAUGUAAGUGGGGUGGACAGCCAGGAGGCCGAGAGGCGACGAGAGGAGCUCUUGGACUUGUUGGAACAGGAGCGCCUCCAUGCCGAAGCCCUAGCUGACAGUAUACAGCAGCAGGACUCGAUAGAGGUGGAGCAACGAGAGUUCCAGGCGACUGCUGAGGGGCUGCAGCAGCAGCUGCGAGAGCAGGUGCUGUGCCUUCAGCAGCAGUUGAAGCAGCAGGAGAAGGAAGCUAGAGAGAUGCGGGAGGACCUAUAUCAACAAGUCGAAAUGACAGACAAAGCCAAAGAGGAGGUGCAAAAAGAACUACGCGCAGCCCACGACACGCUGCGUGAGCUGAGGAAGCAGCUGCAGGAGACAGUGAAUCAGAAGGAUGAGCUGAAGUUGGCCGCAUCCAGGAUGAGCCGCCAAAGGGAAGAAACCCAGGUGGCGCUGCAGGCACAAGAACGCAAACUGCAGCAGGUGCAGGAAAAAGUGCAGGAACUCCUGCAGCAGAUCGACGGGUAUGUCAGCAAGGAAGCAGCAUAUAUAGCCGAGGGAGAGGCUCUGCGGGGGAACAUAGGGCAGCUGGAACUUUCGGUGCAAGCAGCCAAGGAGGAGACGGAGCGGCAGCUAGCUGAGAAGGAACAGGACAUGAAACAGCUGGAGAAGGCGCAGCAGACAGCCAUGGCUGUUCUGCAGCAGCAGAUUGAACAGCUUGAGGCAGAAAGAGCACAAGCUUUAGCGAAUACCACCCAGGAUGAAACGGCAGUCCUGGGGCACGAGUACGAGGCUCUAAAAGAGACAGUCAGCAGCCUGAGAGAGCAGAACGCCAACUUACUGGGGCAACUGCAGCUGCAACAGCAGACGCGCAUUGCGCAGGAAGAGGAGCAGCAGCAGUGGCACCACAAGUAUGAAGCCUUACGCGCUAGUUUGGGAGAUGCUCAGGACAGGUACAGACAACUUGAGCUGCUACUGGAGCGGAGCUACAUGGAGUCCCACAAGUCGCUUCAGGAGGCACAGCAGCAGCUGCAGCAGAUGUUGCUGAAAGAUAGCCAGUGCCGUGAGCCUCAGUUAAAGGAGCACCUGCACCAGCCCGAGAUGGGCUGCCAGGAGCUACAAAUGGAAGUUUCAGGGCUGAGAGCGCGGCAUGCAACCGCCCCGCAGCCCUCUUUUGAGGUGUUGGAGCAGCAGGAAGAGGUUAUAGGGGGCGAUGAGAUGCGCUUCCACCGACAGGUGGAGAUGCGGGAAGCAGAGGCCUCGCAGAUGGCCCAAGAGGCACACAAACCACUUCAGCAGCUCCUCUCCUCCCUUCGCGAGCAACGGCAGCAGUUCGAGGAAGCGGCUGACAGACAGAAACUCCUCAUAGCCGCAAAUGAACGCAUGCGCAAGGAAAACCAACAACUCAAGGCGGAAUUAGAAGAGUUGAGGAGCUUGGUUUUGACCGAUAAGCGGGAUGGGGCCGCCACCACUGUGCUGGAGGUGGUGCAACGACAGCUGCACCAAUUGGCUACUGCGUUUGACGCCUUUAAGACCGAGGCGCAGCAGCUUGCUGAGUUAAAGGGAUCCGUGGGAGGUCCUACUCACGUCUUCAACGUGUCCUACCCUCCCUUUGUCAUUCCAAUGGUCAAUGUCCACGAGAGCAGAGACGGUCACGACAAGACUAUCAAUAUUUCAGGCGUGCUUGACGUGCGUGCUGCCUCCACUGGAGUAGUUUCAAGCGGCGGAUUUGGGGGCAUCUUAGGACCUCGGGCACCCCUCCCGGCGCUACAGGGCAGCCGCUUCCGCGACUGGGUUUCGCGGUGGUGCGACCGAGGCUGCUGCUCCGCAAACGACGGGGUCGUGAACGUGCCCAUGUGCUGCCAAGGGGGAGACUGCACCGCAGAUGCUCCAGCAGACAGCUGGCGCACGCAUACGCAAGUCUUCAAACCCAUGGCAAAGGAAGAAGUGCAGGCAUUGCGACUGUGCGUAGGCCCGUCGGGAAUGGCCCCCCGGCUAGAGGGGCCUUUCCAGCUGUCUGAGAUGAUGGACGUUCGUCCAAAGGAGGCGCACCCAUCUAGCAACAGCAAAAGCAACAACAACCUUGCGCCGGCUGCGGCGUACUGA